GCUCAUUCAUCAAUCGCAAACGUCUCCAAACAAGGUCCCCACAUCCAUCCCCAAUCCGUGCACGCCUCCACGGUCUCGCCGGCGCCGGCGCCGGCGCCUCCCUCCUCGCCGGCAGCCCCCGCCCUCCGUCCUAAAAGCCCCACCUCUCCAUCAUUCCCCACCUGAAUAAACAAAUCUGCACAAAGCUCCGCCUCCUUCACCCAAUUGGUCGGCAGGGGCGGCGGCGGCGGCGGCGCGAUGGGGAAGCACGAGUUCCUGACGCCGAAGGCGAUCGCGAACCGGAUCAAGGCGAAGGGCCUGCAGAAGCUGCGGUGGUACUGCCAGAUGUGCCAGAAGCAGUGCCGCGACGAGAACGGGUUCAAGUGCCACUGCAUGUCGGAGUCGCACCAGCGGCAGAUGCAGGUGUUCGGCAUGGCCCCCGAGCGCGUCGUGGAGGGCUUCUCCGAGGAGUUCCUCGAGUCGUUCCUCGCCCUGAUCCGCCGCGCGCACCGCCACUCCCGCGUCGCCGCCACCGUCGUCUACAACGAGUACAUCGCCGACCGGCACCACGUCCACAUGAACUCCACCAGGUGAAUUUUGGUUUCGAUGAAGAGGACUCUGGUGUCCGAGAGAAUGAGAAGGAUGAGGUGGCCAAUAAGAAUGGGAGGGAUGUAAAAGCAGCAGAGGCAAGAAGGUCAGCAUUGGAUGAGCUGAUGAAGGAGGAGAAGGCCAAGGAGAGGAGCAACAGAAAGGACUACUGGGCACUGGCUGUGUCCCGGGAUUGUGGUCAAGGUGAUGAGUAAAUCAUUGGCAGAGAAGGGUUACUACAAGCAGAAAGGGGUGGUGAAGAAAGUGAUCGAUAAAUACGUUGGGGAGAUUAAGAUGUUGGAGAGCAAGCAUGUUCUAAGAGUCGACCGAGAUGAGCUUGAGACUGUGAUCCCCCAGAUUGGUGGGCUGGUUCGGAUUGUGAAUGGGGCUUAUCGGGGUUCGAAUGCCAGGUUGCUCUUGGUGGAUACAGAGAAAUUCUGUGCAAAAGUGCAGGUUGAGAAAGGCCUCUAUGAUGGGAAGGUUCUCAGGGCUGUCGAAUAUGAGGACAUUUGCAAGAUUUCCUCGUGAUAUACAGUGUUUUUCAUUUCAUUUCCUGGAUCAUUGCAGAAGCAAACAAGAACUAUGCAAUGCAGGGUACUGGCGCUGUCAGUCCACGCAUCCGUGCUUGUUAUUACGUGUGCUGGAAUAUCUUCUGUUGAAGGAGUUCAAUAUGUUGGUGUUUCUAGUUCACUGUAACUGCUGAAAGGCUGUGCGAAAAAACGUUAUCAUUUGGUUUGCUUCAUACUAGACCAGAAUAACUGUAUUGACAUUUUUGUAAUACUCGGUCAGCUUCUAUAUUUCUGUGUCUAGUGAUGAUCUUUUACCAGAUA